AUGCUUGUAGGGAUCGUAGAAGGCCUUCUUUUUCUUGGGAACGGACAAUUUCAAAGAAUAAGAGGCAUUGUAAGUGAUGAAGGAAACGCUCAGUGGAAAGCAAAUCCUGGGCCAGCGUUUCAACUCUUCGCCUCAAGUGUAUCCAUAUUUUUCCUCGCGUCGGUCUCUUUAGAACGCGCUUUCGCAGUGCUGUGCCCGUUUCGUCAUGGCACCACAAAAACUCGAUUUUAUAUUUACAUUGUAACUGUCACCUGGGUUAUUGGACUUUUUUACGCUCGGUCUUUACUUGGUAGCCUUCUAUUACCCGCCAAAAGUAAAGAGAGAACAUUUUAG